AGUAUCAUAGCCAGGUUAAAGAGUGUCACGCUGAGUCGGUUCAGUGCAAGCGUUUGCUGCGUGAUCUGCUGAUUCACAUCGCAAAGGGAAAAAAAAGAGCUUUCGUUUUAGAGCAAAUAAAAUUACAGCACGGCUGAAGUUUCGUUUCAUGGGAAAUGGGCGUGAUGUCAGGAGUUCAGGACGUGGACUUCAUGAUAAACACGCUGGAGUUUAUACAGCACCGUGGAGAUAUACAAGUACACAAGAGAUGGCCGCCAAGUCGUCCCUUAUCCCACUACUUCUCCCAGAAGAUGAGCUACUUUGCUCCAUCUGCCAGACGCUCCUCAGUAAUCCUGUGACGACACCAUGUGGGCACAACUUUUGUAUGGACUGCAUUAGCAAACACUUUAAAAUUCGCUUUUUUUGCCCCCACUGCCGCAUUUCGUUCGCCUCAAAGCCAGUUCUAAAGACCAACACUAUCCUUAGUGCUAUAAUGGAGCAUGUUGAGAAGGUGUGGCCACAGUCUGAGGAUGUCUCGAGUCCAAGUGAAAAAAUGGUCAACUGUGACAUCUGUGAGGAGGGAAGACAGCUGUCAGCAGUCAAGACCUGUGUGACAUGCCUGGCGAGCUUUUGCAGUGUGCACGUAACACCCCAUUUGAAUAGUCAGGUGCUAGCUAAACACUGCCUGUGCUCACCAGUUUCAGACAUCACAGAUCUGCUGUGUAAUAAGCAUGGCAAAUUGCUUGAGGUUUUCUGCUUGAACCACGGGGCUGCCAUCUGUUGGCAGUGUACAGCAAAGCAUCGGAAGUGUAACACCCGCUCCGUGGAAGUAAUGAGGACAGACUGGAAGGCUGCAAUCGAGCCAGUUGCAACAGAAGCUCAGGACAGAAAGGAUGCCACUAAUGAACACUUGGAAGCAUUGGAUAUUAUGUCAGAUGGUGUACUGGAUGCUGCAGCAAAGAUGAUUGAAGAUGUGCAGCUCUGCUUUAAAGCACUACUGAACACUAUUAACCUUGCCCAGAACAGAGCAAUAUCCUUUAUAGAAGCAGAGAAGACGAGAGCUCUCCAAAAUAUAAAACAACAGGAAGAACAGAUGGAUAAUCGUAUGCUUUCCAUAUCUCAGAUAAUGAAUAAGCUUGAUGAGUGCAGAUGCAAUGACUCCUACUUCAACUUUCUUCAGCCUCUACCAGUACUACCUCCAGGGGCUGGUCAACUGCAGGAUGUUCAGCUGGAUGGCCAAGCUGUGGAGAAGAUGAUAUUGGAUCUUCAGAAACUUAACAGUAAUCUGGAAUCUCAGCUCAGCGACAUGCUGCAAAGAAGAGAGGAAACACGAGACAAAGAUUUGACAUCAGGUGACUUCAGAAUUGUCAGCGGCCACAGCAAACGACGUGGUAACCUUUUGAAAUAUUCCAGUGGAGUGACCUUUGAUCCAGUCACGGCUAGUGCCUCAGUGCUUCUCUCUGAGGAUGGCCUGGCUGUCACUGUGGAGCACAGUGGGCUACUUACCUGGAAAGACUACCUGGCCAACAAAGAGAUAGGCUUCAGGGUUCUGUGCUCUCAAGAGUUCAGCAGGGGGCAGCAUUACUGGGAGGUUCAGCCACCAGAGGACGAAGGCAGCAGCUGGGCUGUGGGUGUGACAUACAAGAUCAGUCAGGACCGUUACCAGAGUCUGGGUCAAGACAGCAGCUCCUGGUGUGUCAGGUGGCAGAACAAAGGGGAUAACAAGGAUACUGACAAGUUGACUAACAAUACUGAAGUAAAAGAUGAGGAAUUAAUGCUACCAAAGUCACUGACUAAGGAAGGUGCUGUGAAGAUCAAGAUGCCCAAUCCGGAAUCAAAGAAAAGCAAACUCGAAGCAUAUCUUAAAAACGAUAUGGCCAAGGGCGUUCAUCUUCAGGACAAGCACAAAACAGAAGUAACUCAAGCACUGGCAGAAGAAGUAACAGAAAAAGAGGAGUGUGUCUCAGAAUUGACAGAGAACAAAUGCACUUCAACAACUGGGCAGGAGGACAAAAAUAUCCCAAAACAUUUCGGCACUGGAUUUUUUGCCUCCUAUAACAAGGAGAUGAACCUGAUUUCUGAGAAGCCUCCUGGGAAGAUCGGUGUGUUGUUGGACUGUGACCGAGGGCAGCUAUCAUUUUUCUCAGUUUCUGACUUUAAGGUUCAGUUCUGCUGCAGAUUUCAGGCCCUAUUUUCUGCUCCUGUCUGUCCUGCCAUAUGGUUAAGAGAUCCAGAUAGUACAAUGACUAUAAUCAAAGGACUCAAAACAUUACAGUAGUGCGAGCUGCAUGGAAAAUAUAUUUCUUAUGCAUUAUUAUUUCUGUAGUGACAACAUAUCUAUAGUACACAUUCACUUAUAUGGUAGCUGCUCAACAGAUGUGGGAGGAAAAAACUUCUGUAAUUGUUAAUAGAAUAAACUGAUAACAUGAUGCAAAAAUUGGUUCUCAAAUAAAAUAUUUAAAACAA